AUGCCUCCCAAACGUAAGGCAAGCCAAUCAACUCAAAACAUUCCAAGAAAGAAUGCACGUCGCUCAUACCCUCAUCGACAAAAAACUCUCACUCUACGUCAAGCAGGUACUUCAAGCUCGGAGCCUAUUAACCUUCGUGUUAAAGGUGAGGAUUUAGCUAUUUUCCCUAUCGAGUUUUCCAGCGAUAAAGAUAAGAAAGCCGAGUCUAGUAGACAGGGAGGUCUAAGUAUUAUUCAAAAGAAAGCUGCUACCAACGAUGGCGAUAGUUCAGUAGAGCAAACCGAUACUGGUGAUCACGACGAUUUAAGCAUUACUGAAAAGAAAGCUGAUACCAACGAUAGCGACAGUUCAGUGGAGCAAACCGAUACUGGCGAUCACGACGAUUCAAGCAUUGCUGAAAAGAAAGCUGAUACCAACGAUGGCGACAAUUCAGUGGAGCAACCCGAAGCUGGUAAUCAUAGAGAUGCAAUGGAGCAAUCCAAAGCUGGUGAACAGGGAGAUUCAAGUACCGUAGAAAGAUAUGCUGGUACCAGCGAUGGUGACGAUUCAAUGGAGCAACUCGAAGCUGGUGAGCAGGGAGAAUUGCAUGAUACAAUCAAGAUAAUCUGA